AAAUAGCAUUCUGGCAGCUGGGCCAUCGGACCGGCUAGAACUCAGCGCCGGCCAGUCCAAAAAAUGUUCAGUGUAGGCUGAGCCAAGAAAAUUGGCUAAUUUCUGGACCCGGCUGAUCGGGUCUCAGGCUGGCCAGUCAAGCUCUCCAUUCUGAGGAAUCUGAGCGCAGACUCUGUUAUACAAGGGUUGUGACCUAAGUCAAUAUUUCAGUUCAACUUCAGUUGCUUCUUGUUCUGUCAUGGAGGAUUUGCAGAAUGCCCUUUCAGGUCGGGGGUUAACUGUCACUACACACCCCGAGAAAGGUCGUUGUCUCGUCUCCACUAGAGACUUCACACCAGGCGAUGUGAUCAUAAGCCAAGAACCUUAUGUCUCAGUACCAAAUAACUCUUUAGUUGACGUAAAAUGUGAUGGCUGUUUUACAUCAAGCAACCUAAAGAAAUGCUCAGCUUGUCAGGCUGUUUGGUACUGUGGUAGCAUGUGCCAGAAGUUAGAGUGGAAGUUACACCGGCUUGAAUGCCAAGCUCUUGCAGGACUCAGUAAAGAUAGACGGAAGUCUGUUACACCUUCGAUACGUUUGAUGAUGAGACUCUAUCUUAAGAGAAAGUUGCAAAGUGAGCAGGUCAUUCCAAAGACUGCUGCAGAUAACUACAACUUGGUGAAGGCACUGGUGUCUCACAUAUCCAAUAUUGAUGAGAACCAGCUAGUGCUAUAUGCACAGAUGGCUAACCUUGUCAACUUGAUACUUCAGUGGCCUGAUAUCAACAUAAAAGAGAUUGCAGAAAAUUUUUCCAGGCUUUCGUGCAAUGCCCAUACAAUCUGUGACAGUGAACUAAGACCACUAGGGACAGGAUUGUAUCCUGUAGUUUCUAUCAUUAACCACAGCUGCUUGCCCAAUUCGGUGUUGGUAUUUGAAGGGAAGGAAGCAGUUGUUCGUGCCUUGGAGCCUAUACCCAAAGGUACAGAGGUGAUGAUAAGUUACAUAGAAACUGCUGGAAGCACAGAAACUCGGCUUAAGGCUCUCAAAGAGCAAUAUCUUUUCACAUGCACGUGUUCCCGUUGCAUGAAAGUGGGCCUGGAUGAUGACAUUCAAGAAAGUGCAAUUCUGGAAGGAUAUAGAUGCAAAGACGAUAAGUGUAAUGGUUUCUUGCUUCGUGAUUCUGAUGACAAUGCAUUCAGAUGUCAAAAUUGUGGGCUAGUUAGAGAAAAGGAAGAGAUAAAGCAGAUCACAAGUGAAGUAAAAUUACUUUCAGACAAGGCUUCAACAUCUCUAUCCUCUGGUAAUUAUCAGGAAGCCUGUGCUAUGUAUAAGAUGGUUGAGAAAUUCCAACUGAAAUUGUGUCAUCCACUUUCAGUCAAUUUGAUGCGGACUCGAGAAAACAUCCUCAAGAUUUUGAUGGAGCUAAAGUAUUGGAGAGAAGCAUUAACCUAUUGCAAAUUGACCAUUCCCAUAUAUCAAAGAAUAUAUCCAAUUGUUCAUCCUUUGCUUGGAUUGCAAUAUUAUACUAGUGGGAAACUGGAAUGGUUACUUGGGGACACACAAGAUGCUAUCAAGUCAUUGACGAAGGCAGCCGAUAUAUUGCGUAUUACUCAUGGCACAAAUACACCUUUCAUGAAGGAUCUCCUGAUCAAACUGGAGGAAGCACGUGCAGAAGCUGCUUACAAACUUUCUCCCUAGGAGGAUUAGAAAAACCAUGGUAUUGUCAAAAACAAACAAUCAUUCUUUAUCUGGUAUGCGCUGUGUUGAAAAAGGUAAGUGAUGGCCACAUUCAUCAUAUCCUCUGCAGUUUGUCCCAGAAACCUAUUUCUUUUGAGCCAAAAGAGUCCAACAUUCGGUUGAGGCUUGUCUUCGCUUGAAGAUGUAAAGAGAGUAGGGCUAUUAGAUUUCUUUGUCAUUGAGCUCAUGGCAUGACGAUUGCUGGAAUCAAUUCUUCAUCACUUGUAUUAGUUCACAUCAUAGGCAGAAAGAGGAGAUAAUGUUAUUGCUUGGAGCUUCAAACACUGAAUUUCGGUUUGGAAUGAUUCCCUAGCAACAGCAACAACUCAGCCUUGACCCGACUAAAUGGCCAAAUGGGGUCAGCUACAUAGAUUCUUACUCUCCAAUCAUGCAUGAUAAAAAUUGGUUUAAGGUUUUUAAACUUGGGCAAAAUAUUACGUCUCUAACUCAUCCAUUGCAAUAUUUUAUUUGUAUUAACAAAAUAUUAUCCAUCUCAAACUCAUCUAUUUCAAUAUUUUUUUAUUAUCUAAUGAUUUCACGUUUAUGUU